AUGCCCAAGGUGGUUACUUCGAGGCGAUUGCCUGUGUACACCAACAAGGGCCAGAAAGAGGACGACAGGUUCAAUGCCUUCCAUUGCAAGAGGUGUCGUACACACUUGGUGACGACGGAUGCUGAUCUGGCGAACAUCCCGCGCAGAAGGACCGAUGGCGCCAUGGUCUUGGAUGCACGCCUGCAGGUGAUCAGCCUCUACACAGUCAAGCGUGAGGGAAGUCGAGUCAUUCGCCGCGAGAAGGGUGCAGAGCGGCAGUAUGUCCACGCUUGCCCAUCAUGCGACCAAGACGUCGGCUACACAUCGAAGCCCCACGAGGCUGACCUGGAGCUUGUGUACUUGUCCGACACGGCUGUCACGGUGCCCUGGCACAGGAUGAAGUCGCCCUUCACUUGCAAGGUGUGCGGCUACAUCUGCCAGAGUCAGGGGCAGCUGGAGUUUCACAGGAAGCAGAAGCAGCACACCGAAGACAUGGAAAAGGAGCAAGAGGUGCGACCACACUCACUUGAUACGGCUUGCACAGUCUUCCCAGGCCCACAACAGGCCCCACACCACCCACACGACCACGCUACGAGUUCAAGAUACGGCGCAGAACACGAGCGGCACUGUGGCGGGAGAUUUCGCAAGGAUGCCAUAACCCACGAUUCACACCCGAAAGAUUCUGCGGGACCGGCAUGA